AUGAGGCGAGAGAGAGCGACUCUAUCCACAACCGACUACCAUUUGCACGCAGGAAAUAUCGGGAUCAGUCUACAGGCUUUACUGGAAAAGUAUUCUGAAGAUGACAUUCUUAACUACUUCGGUCGGCCUGAAGUUUCCCUCGUCUUUACUCGCCAGCCGCUUUCUCGACCCGAGGCACCUCCGCCACAUCUCGACCCACCUAUUCCUCUCGCAUAUUAUCUCAAAGAUACCGAUCCGUCGUUCAACGAAUCUCCUCUGCACGUAGAGAUCAUGGAUCUUGGCAAUGGUCAGCCGAAUGUUUCCUCUUAUGCUCCAUUUCGCCUCCCUCCUAACGCCUCAAAUCGAAUGUCAGCUGCAAUGUCUGACGAACCUCCACGCCCGUCGUGCACACCCGCAGCCUAUGUCCCGAACUGGGCUUACGCAGUUCCAGCGAUAUCUAGGACGACAGCUGAUGCGGAAUGGAAAAGACGGCUAGACCACUAUGCGGGGAGCUUGACGGCGGCGGACGAUGUCGCUGAGUUCGGCGUCCUGUUAAGGACGAUGCUGGAGAUUAACGCGAGUGCGCGGCCAACUGCUCUCGAAGUAUUGCGUCAUCCGUGGUUUGUCGACUGCUGA